UGAACGCGUCACAGUUGGAAAUGUUGCUCACGUGACGUGCUCGCGCAGCCUCGGUUCCCGCAGACCGGAGUUCUGCAGUUUAUCCGGAAGACAGAUGGAAGAAAAGCAAAGAUCGACCGUGACAUGCGCGUUAAUGUUCCUCUGAUCGAGCUCCAGGUUCAUUUAUCUCACGAGAGUCUCGAUGAGGAAACAGCGUAAGAAAUAACUCGCGUCCCGAGUGGCAGGAGCUCUUCCUCUUCAACCUCCAUUACAUCCCCGCUGAGGGGACGGAAAAGAGCCGAUCCCAGGCGGAAGUGGAAGAGUUGCGCUCCCAGCAGGUAAAGGACCUGUCGUCUCGUCCUGACCGCACGUCGGUAGUUUGUCUGUACUGAGGGUUCUCUGCUGUGUGGACUUUGCUGUAGUUCAGGCUCGUGUCGCCUCUAACGUCAGCUCCUCAGAGCCAUCUUGAACUGUAAAGAAACUCUCAGGUCUAUGAGACGGUGAAUCAUGAGAUUAACAGGCCCCCUGAGAGUUGUGGCUGUGCUGCUGCUGGUGGGGCUCACAUGGCUGCUGGCAAGCACUUUCUUUGGAGAGGAUAGUGGUUCAGCUGUCCGACAUUUCUUCAGUGGUGCAAGUGAGGAGCCAACUCCAGCUGAAACCCAUCCUCGCAGGUAUAAAUGUGGACUUUCAGCUCCCUGUCCCCCAAAACAUUUGGCUUUUCGCCUGGUGUCUGGUGCUGCCAACGUCAUUGGUCCCAAAAUCUGCCUGGAGGACAAGAUGUUAUUGAGCAGUGUGAAGAACAACAUUGGCCGAGGACUGAACAUAGCUUUGGUGAAUGGGGUAACAGGAGAGCUCUUGGAAACAAAGAGCUUUGAUAUGUGGGCAGGAGAUGUUUCUGACCUGUUGAAGUUUCUCCGACCGCUCCACGAGGGAACACUUGUGUUCGUGGCUUCUUUUGAUGAUGCUGCCACAAAGAUGAACGAUGAGUCAAGAAGACUCUUUGAGGAGCUCGGGAGCACGGCUGUGAAGGAGCUGGCCUUCAGGGACAGCUGGGUGUUUGUAGGAGCUAAGGGCAUCGAGAAUAAGAGUCCUUUUGAGCAGCGUAUGAAGAAUAGUAAGAACAGCAACAAGUACGAAGGUUGGCCUGAGUCUCUGGAGAUGGACGGCUGCAUUCCCCUUCGGCCCCCGCUGGAAGGAUAACUGCCAUGUCCUCCCUCACAUGCACUUCACUAGAACCUGCAGUAGCUGCAGUGGAUCCAAAUGACUGUGUAAGCUAAAGAGUGAACGCCUGAAAACUCCCAAGAUUUUGUGCCACGUAACCUUUUUUUAUUUGUCUUCUCAUGGCAGAAACAAAUGCUUACAUAAAAGUUUGUCUCUGGACUUAAUAUAUUUAUAAUAACUGGAACCUGAAGAUUUGUGCAACUUUCCAGUUGGUAAAGGAAGAAGAAAUGUCAAGGGAAAUUUGAAAGACCAAAAAGUGACAGCGACUAGCGAAUGAAUACAGCUGGAGUAGGUCUUCCAAAGUCAUUGUAGGAAAUGGAUAUAUUUCCUCUCCAAGUCUGCCUACAGGGUGUCAACAUUGUGAGCUUGAGCAACAGGAUCAUGAGGUGUUGAAGCCAUUGACACGUAACCAGUUUCACAUGAAGGUAAAUGGAAACCUAAUCCACAUCAGCACCAGACAAACCUAAAUCUAAAGUACUCUAGUAGUUUUUAAAUGUUCUACUACAGUCCAUGUCUGUGUGCAGAUUUUAUAUUUAAUUCUGUUAAUAUAUAUUUUCAUCCCGUGGUAUAUAAAAGACUGUGAUAUUGUUACCUGUAUGCAUAGUGUUAGCUGUCAUUGUUUCCUAAGAACCUGGUUCAAAGCAUUUACUACUCUCCAGAUGUUUACAGUUUCUUUUUAGCAAUAAUUAUUCAUUUUCUUUCGAUUGAAGCUAUUUAUAUUAAGACUUUUAUGAAAGACACAACAGACUGAUCGUAUGGGUUCAUCAUAACACUGCCCAUGGUUUUAAUGUCGUCUCAGGCCUGUGAGCAUUUUUCCACGGAGUGCUUUUGUUUUUUUUUUAAGUGUGUGGUUGUGUAUUCCGUCUUUUUUUUAAUUUCUUUUUUUAGAUUUUGAAUGUAUCCACAUGGAGUCUUGCAAGCAGAACAUGUAGGAAAUAUUCAACGCAUAGAAAUAAGAAAAGAUUAUGUUAGGAGUCCAUUUCAGCUGCUUUUGUCAUCUGACCUCUAAGUGUCAUUGAAUUUCUACAAAGCAUCCAGGCCUGUGUUUAUUUUAUGACAAUGUGGAUGAAUAAUAAAAAAAUAAAAAAUG